UUGUUCUUAUCAGUUCGCAAGGGCCUCGAGAAUUGCCUUUUAAAUGAGAUAAAGCAUAACAAGUUAUUGAAUAAUAUUUGUAGAAUCCAAAAAAAACGUGAAUAUAUACACAACUUUGAGGAUACAGAUACACAUUCUUCACAUGAUCCACAAAGUUAUUUAUCUUCCACUGAAUUGAGGGAAGAACACACAUCUCGUGACGAUAAAUGGAUUAGACUGAAUCACAAGGAUAAAUCAAUUGAAGAAUCCAUUCCUGAAACCCUAAAUUUGAAUAAAAGUCACCCACCUGCUAGUACACAUUUGAGGGAUUCCUGUAAUAUCUAUGUUCAACCAGGCGGUUUAGAGGUCAAGUGCAAUUUAGACUGGUUGCUCAAGUGUUCUUUGUUUGUUAAAUCUGCAGAAAGUAUAUGGCUGAGGAUUGGAAAUCCGUUCAGAUGCCAUUCUGAGGAGCAGCUCGUAACGUUUAUUUCAAAGUUGCCCUGGAGCUCAUAUCUCCCCGCAACCUUCGUAGAUACAAUUCCAUUGCGCAUUAUUUCAAGGUUUUCUAAGCUCUGGUCCAGUCACACCAUAGAUAGUUGUGUGAGAAAGGGGAUCAAGUUAAGCUUUGAGGACAGUAAAAAGGAGUGUAACAAGUUCACGGCUGUCGAAGAUAGUUGCAUUUCACUCACACUAAAUAGGAACACUUGUUAUUUGGCAUAUCAGUUCUCCGGGAGACUAUCUCCAAGGUUUUACAACUUUCAAUUUCUGGACGGAGAAAGGGUUGACUAUUCUAAGUAUAUUCCAUCUUGGUCACUCACGGGAGUUAAAAAAAAAUUGCUAGAGGAGAGUGGGAUUCAUAAAGAUAUAGUUAGAAUCGCCAAAAAACCAGCUUCUGACUCAUUUGACUCAAAAAGGAAGGAUUAUAUAAAGUUUCAGCACUUUUUGACAAACGACUUUUCGGACACUUCAGACUCCCUCAUUGCAGGAUUUUUGAGGGACAGAGAAGUAUUGAGGGCCCUGACUUCUAAAGUAGAACGUAUUUGGGAUCCUUUCUGCGCAAACGGACUGCUGAUAUGUGAACUGAUGUCCAUGCUACUGUCCCUCCCAAAUUACGUUCCAGACAAAAGUCACCUUAGCAGUAGUUUUUUUACCCAAAAUUUGGAGGAAUACAAGUUAAAGCUGCUGGAUUAUAUUAAUACCAGCGGGCCUAAGAAGCACAUUAGCAUCAUAGGAUCGGACACGAGCGCCGUUAAGUUAACGGAGGCCAACUCUAAAAUACUUAAAUUCUUUUCUUUUUACAAGGACAUAUUAGGUAGGCGUUCUGUGGAUUACAGCUUGCUUUAG